UAAACAACGUCGCGAGGUCAGCUGUGUUUCUCUGUUGUUACCAUAGAGGACGAUUUAAGAAGGUGACAACCUCCUCAAGAUUAUCCAAGGGAUCCUAUUCCCAAGACUUUGAGGAAUCCACGCGAUUGAGGGACAUUUGAGGCAACUGUCACCACAUUUUAGCAAACCUAGGGUCUUCCUUCAAGAAUUUUAGGAGGGGGCAACGCAGCGAAGUGUGAAAAAGAUUUCUCGUUUCAAGAAGUUUCUUGAAGCUUUCCGCCAUGUAUGAUCGAGCUCCAAGAAGUAUGGGUUACAUGCAGCCCACCGGGACCACGGGAGCCGUCGGGCCGGGAACAUACGAGGGACCGCCUCCGACUAGGACUAAAGUUCGCUCCGAUGGCUACGCUCCUUUCCUGUCCAUGACCGGUCGUGAAACGUUCCUGACUGUUCAGGACAGCGUGAUCGCCGCGCCCGGUCCCGGACACUACGACGCACGGUUUGCACAGGACCGCGUCUCAGGUGGCAGAACCCUACAGAACAAGUCCCGUCGGUUUGAGGAGCCGGCCUCCACCACCCCCGGUCCCGGUUCUUACACCCUGUCCAAGAAGAGUGACUGGAUCAGAACGUCCGGUGCUGGUGUCCCCACCAAGGAACCCACACAACAGAGCCAAGUGGCAGUGGCGCCUCCAGGGAAUAUCAUGACAUCCAGAGUACACUACCAGAGGAAAGCAGAAGCCCCUUCCAUCCCAACCCCUGGACAGGCGCAUGGCUACGAAGAAGCAGAAGAUGGCACGCUACGGAGACAAGAUCCCCCCUCCAAAGACCGCACCCUCGGCCCUGCCUACUAUAACCCCAACGCCUCCCCAACCACUGCUACAAAAAAAUACAAGGGCGUUUUCUUUGGCAAGUUGUCGUCCAAGAGGAUGGACUUUGGUGGAAAGGAAGGGCCGGGGCCAGGGGAGUAUGAUGCUCACUUGUCUGCGCCGGCUACUGCAGAGCAUGCUCACAUACCGUCGACGGCAGAACAGAGACCGGUGUUCGAGUCCAAGUUGCCGAGAUACCACGAAAUCAUUGUCAACCAGGAGGAGAAAAGGGCGGUUCCUGGUCCUGGGAAGUACGAGGUACCCGGUCAGUUUGACAACCGGCCACCGGCGAUCAGUACUGAGGGCAUCGAGGUUGAGCAUCCACCAUUUCUGUCACAGGCAAAGAGGUUUGUGCCCGACAAAAAGGUUCUCCCUGGCCCGGGAACGUACAAUGACCCACGACACGCGCUGGAGGGGCUGAAGAGAGUCACAGGAAUGAAGAGAAGCCCUUUCGGCUCCACCGCGGUCAGGUUCCAGCCUCAGCACCACGUCAAAAGAACACCAGGACCAGCUGCAUACCUACACACAGGCAUGUCUGAGGAUAGCAUGCGCCGCGCCUACCUCGAGAGCACGCGGAAGGGCGUCUUCGGGACCACCGCCGGCCGGACCGCGCCAAUCAUCAAGAAGCACGAGGGGGUGCUGCCCGGACCGGCCCACUAUCAAGUGAAACAUGAGCCGACCGUUAGAUAUAAGAACCAGAUCACUGCAAACUUUGCAUCGCUGACGGAGAGGUUAACAACACCACAGACUGCCAUGAAGGAAAAUCCACCUCCUGGCUCCUACGAGGUUGCGAGGUCCCACAGGACACAAGACAAGCAGAAGCCAGGCGCCCCACGCACCAAGGAAGGCAGGAGAAAAGCAGGCUCCUUUCUUAGCUCUUCUACAAGAUUUGCACCUCCUCGAGAUAUCCUCAUGCCAAAGGCAGAUCCUGCUCUUCCAGGUCCUGGCACCUACAAUCCCAAACCUGUACCUCUGGAGAAUCAACUGACACUCCUGACACAAAAAUCACCCAGGUUUAAACAACUGAAGCAAGACGAGGUACCGGGUCCAGGGGCAUAUGAGUUGAGUCCGCUUCUUCAAGAUACGAUUCUCAAGGGCACCUUCAACGCUACGCUCAACAAUCCGGUCACGACGGCAUACGACACCGCUAGCCAAUCAGAAACCACGAAACAAGCCUUCCUGCUCGGAACUGUUUAGCCAAUCAGAGACCACGAUACAAGCCUUCCUGCUCGGAACUGUUUAGCCAAUCAGAGACCACGAAACAAGCCUUCCUCCUAGGAACCGUUUAGCCAAUGAGAGACCACGAAACAAGCUUUCCUCCUCGCAACUGUUUAGCCAAUCAGAAACCACGAAACAAGCUUUCCUGCUCGGAACUAUUUAGCCAAUCAGAGACCACGAAACAAGCUUCAAACUGUUUAAAACCACGGAAUUCUGGAAUGCUACAAAAAAUGUCUGCAAUUUUGUUGGUUCUACUUCAUCCAAUAGAAAGUCUUGUUACGUGCACACACCAAAGUGUCGAUCUAACAAGCAAUCUCAUUGGCUUUGGUUCAUCCAACAGGUGGUCGAUUAACCAAUCAGGUGUAUUGAGACAUUCGUAGAUACUGGACAUGUAAAUACAAUAUAGAUCAUUAUUUGUACUCUUGGAGUGGAGCAGAAUUUUGUUCCUGGUCAUUUGUUCAUUUACAAGUUCAUUGAAACCAGUUUGGAGUCAUCUUGACUUCAGAAUCAUGACCAAUCCUUCCAGAAGUUUCCUGUGAAUCGAGAAAAAAGAUGUGUUGCCUAUUGCUGCUGACCAUUGAUAAAGUGAUUUUUGUAUAUAUACACUGAAUGAUGUUUACCAACCACACAACUAUCUGUUACACUGAAAACAGUGAUAGCAUACCUCAUUUAUUGACUGUUAGUAAAGAUAUUGCAAGCA